CCCAAUUGUAUUUAACACAGACACAGUAAUGCUGCCACGACAUCUCCUUCUUCUUUGAAACUCAGAUCGAAGAUGAGUUACGAGGGCAAGGCUUGUGUAAAUUGCGUAUUCAUCAUCUUCCUUCUCGUGGCAUCUACUCUUCUUUCUCGCUCUCCAGUUGAAGCCAAAUCUAUUCGCCCAAUAACUGACAGUGAGAUCAGACAGAAGAAGCUCGAAUGCUAUGCUAAUAUAGAGAGUGGAUUAUGGGGUCCGAAAUGCAAGUCUUCGAUGAUUGCAAAGGAGAACUGUGCGUUGCGAUGCCUUUCCCCUACUUGUUAUGAGCUCAUUUAUGAGAGUGAUCCUCUUGAAGAAGGAGAAAAAGAUUUUGUUAGGGGCCAAGAAUACAAAUAUUGUAUGCAUAAAGUGUCACUGGGAGAAGGCCUUGAGGGUAUCAGGGGUUCGUUCGACUACUAAAAUAUGUGGGCUGGCAUGAAAACAUUGUACUGAAUAGAUUUAUGGCCUAAUUUGUUCCUU